UCGUCACGUCACGUCGCGUCAAUUCAAACUUUUUCCACUUUUCAGCCCCCAAAAAAAUGUACGAUAAACUUGAAAAAAACCUUCGCUUUCGGAUAUAUUUUUAUUUUUGACUCGCUUCGCCAAGUUUGACGGACUUCCGGCCGCAGGUGAGCAUGGGCGUCACUCGGUGAGGAUAUAGCGGCGUGAGGGAGGCGACAUGAGCCGCGGGGACGUGCCUGUGACCCGGGGAGGCUGAUGGAAAAUAGCCCGCUGAGCGCCCGCUGCUCCGGCCCCGUCCAGAGGAAAGUCCUCCUGCUCAGCAUCAUGGUCCUCGUCUGGCUCUUCAUGCUCUACUCCUGCGUGGGGCCGUGCUCCGGCGUGCCCGGCGGGCUGCUCGACUCCUACCGGGAAAGCGGUGCUCCUGUGGUGGCCAGGAGGACCGACCGGGCGGACCUCCUGUCCCGGCUGAUGGUGGCCAAGACGCCGCCGCAGCAGCCGCAGCAGCCGUGGGAGGACGUGGACGACGAGGAGCCCCCCGUCAGGACCGCCGCCGCGUCCCGGGACUUGCUCGACGACGAGCCGCCGGAGAGGACCGCCGACUGGGACGGCGUGCCCGGGCGGGCGCCAGCCCCGCAGCCCGGCGGCUUGUCGAGCUUCUCCAACGGCUCCGGGAGCAAGAAGCUGCCGCAGGCGAUCAUCAUCGGGGUGAAGAAGGGAGGCACCCGGGCUCUGCUGGAGUUCCUGCGGGUGCACCCGGACAUCAGGGCCGUGGGGGCCGAGCCGCACUUCUUCGACCGCAACUACGACAAGGGCCUGGGGUGGUACAGGGACCUGAUGCCCAAGACCCUGGAGGGCCAGAUCACCAUGGAGAAGACCCCCAGCUACUUUGUGACCAAAGAGGCUCCGGCCCGGAUCGCGGCCAUGUCCCGGGCCACCAAGCUGAUCGUGGUGGUGCGGGACCCGGUCACCCGGGCCAUCUCGGACUACACCCAGACUCUGUCCAAGAAACCCGACAUCCCCUCCUUCCAGAGCCUGACCUUCAAGAACCGUACCACGGGCCUCAUCGACACAUCGUGGAGCGCCGUCCAGAUCGGGGUCUACGCCAAGCACCUGGACAACUGGCUGCAGUACUUCCCCGCCCGCCAGAUCCUCUUCGUGAGCGGCGAGCGGCUCAUCAGCGACCCGGCCGGAGAGCUGGGCCGCGUGCAGGACUUCCUGGGCCUGAAGCGCAUCAUCACGGACAAACACUUCUACUUCAACCAGACCAAGGGCUUCCCCUGCCUCAAGAAGGCCGAGGGCAGCAGCAAGCCCCACUGCCUGGGGAAGACCAAAGGCCGCACGCACCCGGACAUCCGGCCCGAGGUGGUGCAAAGGCUCCGGGACUUCUACAGACCCUUUAACAUGAAGUUCUACCAGAUGACCGCACACAACUUUGGCUGGGACUGAUUUAUUAUUAUUAUUAUUAUUAUUAUUAUUAUUAUUAUUUGUAGAUCCUGUAAUGAGAAGUGGACAUAUAUAUAUAUAUACAUAUAUAUGUAUGUAAAUGUACAGAAAUCUAUUUUAUAAUAAUUUAUUUUUAUUUCCCAGCAAUUAAUUCACUAAGCUGCCUAACCGUGUUCCUUCACCACGUCCGGCUCACCUUUUUCUUGUUCUUUUAAUUGACAUUCCUCACGUCCAUAACGCUGAGUCGGCAGCCAAUCGGGUUUUACGCUUUUGUCUCCCAGUAGAAGGCCAAGGUAGCUACACAACAGCUCGAGGUCACUUAUGCUGAUUUGACACUUUUUUACUCUUAAUUUCCCCAGCCAGACACCUUAGAGGCGUAUAACUUGGUACGUGACACAAGCUAUCUGUUAGCAUGCUAAUAUUAGCAUGCUAACUUUUUGAGCCAGUUUUGCAACCGUUUACACCAGAGUCAUGUAACUUGGUAUAUGACACAAGCCAUAUGUUAGAAUGCUACCGUUAGCUUGCUAACAUGCUAAUAUUACAAUGCUAACUUUUUGAGCGAGUUUUGCAACCAUUUACACCAGUCAUAUAACUUGGUAUGUGACGUUUAACUGUUAGCAUGCAAACGAUUUCAUCUAAUUUUACUUAUUUUCUCAGCCAUACACCUUUGUGUCAUAACUUCGUAUGUGACACAAGCCAGAUGUUAGCAUGCUACCGUUAGCUUGCUAACAUGCUAAUAUUAGCAUGCUAGCGUUUUGAGCGAGUUUGGCAACCGUUUACACCAGAGUCAUAUAACUUGGUAUGUGACACAAGCCAUAUGUUAGCAUGCUACCGUUAGCUUCUUAACAUGUUAAUAUUAGCAUGCUAACUUUUUGAGCGAGUUUGGCAACCGUUUACACCAGAGUCAUAUAACUUGGUAUGACACAAGCCAAAUGUUAGCAUGCUACCGUUAGCUUGAUAACAUGCUAAUAUUAGCAUGCUAGCGUUUUGAGCGAGUUUGACAACCAUUUACACCAGAGUCAUAUAACUUGGUAUAUGACACAAACCAUAUGUUAGCAUGCUACCGUUAGCUUGCUAACAUGCUAAUAUUAGCAUGUUAGCGUUUUGAGCGAGUUUUGCAACUGUUUACACCGGAGUCAUAUAACUUGGUAUGCGACAUUUGUUAGCAUGCAAACAAUUUCAUCUAAUUUUACACUUUUUUCUCUAUUUUUCUCAGCCAUACACCUUAGCGUCAUAUAACUUGGUAUGUGACACAAGCUAUCUGUUAGCAUGCUAUCUUUAGCAUGCUAACAUUUUACAACAGUUUACACCACAGUCCUAUAACUUGGUAUGUGACGUUUGUCAACUGUUAGCACGCAAACGAUAGCAUGCUGGCAAGCUAACUUGAGCAUGCUAAGUUUUUCAUCAAAAGUAUAAUUUUUCCUGUAUUUUCGCAGCCAUAAACCUUUGAGUCACAGCUUGUCACAUACCAAGUUAUAUCUGUUAACAUGCUACCGUUAGCAUGCUAAUGUCAGCAUGUUAGCAAGCUAACUUUUGGAGCUAGUUUUGCAGCCGUUUACACCAGAGUCAUAUAACUUGGUAUGUGAUACUUGUUAACUGUUAGCACGCAAACAAUAGCAUGCCGGCAAGCUAACUCAGUUUUUCAUCUAAUUUAACACUUUUUCUCUCUAUUUUCGCAGCCGUACACCUUAGAGUUAAAUAACGUGGUAUCUGACACAAGCUAUCUGUUAGCAUGCUACCGUUAGCUUGCUCGCACGCUAACAUUAGCGUGCUAACUUUUUGAGCUAGUUUUGCAACCGUUUACACCAGAGUAUGUGACAUUUAUUAACUGUUAGCUUGCCAGCGUGCUAUCGUUCGCAUGCUAACUCAAGCAUGCUAAGUUUUUCAUCUAAUUUAACACUUUUUCUCUCUAUUAUCGCAGCCGUACACCUUAGAGUCAUAUAACUUGGUAUGUGACACAAGCUAUCUGUUAGCAUGCUACCGUUAGCUUGCUAACUUUUUGAGCUAGUUUUGCAACCGUUUACACCAGAGUAUGUGACAUUUGUUAACGGUUAGCAUGCAAACAAUAGCACGCUGGCAAGCUAACUUAAGCAUGCCAAGCAUUUCAUCUAAUUUUACACUUUUUCUCUCUAUUUUCGCAGCCGUACACCUUAGAGUUAAAUAACGUGGUAUCUGACACAAGCUAUCUGUUAGCAUGCUACCGUUAGCUUGCUCACACGCUAACAUUAGCGCGCUAACUUUUUGAGCUAGUUUUGCAACCGUUAACACCAGAGUAUGUGACAUUUGUUAACUGUUAGCAUACAAACGAUAGCACGCUGGCAAGCUAACUUAAGCAUGCCAAGCUUUUCAUCUAAUUUGACACUUUUUCUCUCUAUUUUCGCAGCCGUACACCUUAGAGUUAAAUAACGUGGUAUCUGACCCAAGCUAUCUGUUAGCAUGCUACCGUUAGCUUGCUCACACGCUAACAUUAGCGUGCUAACUAACUUUUUGUUCCUCUAUAUUUUGCAGCCAUACACCUUUGAGUCAUAUGACUUGGUACAUGAAACAUGUUAUCAUGCUAACAGUUGCACACAUGCUAAAAGUUAGCAUUUUAAUGUAAGCAUGCUAACGUUUUAGGCUAGCUGCGUAGCUCAUUUUGUACAGUUACCCCCUAAAACUCUCGGAUUCAGUCACUCUGCGCCAUCUUUAAAGUACGGCGCCGUCCGAGGACCCCCGGCCAGAGUCCCGGGGCACAGAGAGCAGGCCCAUCAACAUUUUGUAGUUAUGGGCCUGCUGCAAUGCAUAUUAUUCCUCAUACUUAAAACGUUAUUACUUUAUUAGCCAAGCUAAAAGGGAAAUUGAUGUCCAACUGUUUCAAAGUUCAGUCAAAGUCAAACAAAAUGAUUGGUCCAGGAGAGACGGGGGGCGGAGCUUCUUUUUCUGCCUUAUGGACUCACCCUCCACCUCCUCACGUCUUUUUUGCCAAAAAGGAAAGAAUCACACAGCCUUAUAAGUCGUUUUCGGUGUCAGACAGGAAGUGUUCAUAUGCAAAAAAGGAGUGAUUUAUUUUGAAAAACCAACAUGUCCUACACUGAAUGUCGAGAUUUGAAACUAAAAUGGUGUUGUGCCUCUUGAAAAUAACCCAAUUUUACACUUUAAGGCUGUUUUAUUUUCUUCUUCUGGGGUUUUCCAACCUCAUCUUUUGGGGGAAGCAUUUAACUUGGUCACCUUCUGCGUACAGACAAGAUGACUUCUGGUGCGAGACAUGAGAUUAAUAACAACAAAGAAAAAAAGUGGUUUGUUGCGUUUAUGGUUGAGUUUUAUUCAGCCGGCUUUUUGUUUCAUUCUGCAAAUGUUUGCUUUGGAAGAUAAUAUUUUGUGGUGGAAAGAGCAGAGGUGGGCAGGAAUUGAGUUUCUAGACAAUGAAAGACUAAACAUUCAUAAUAUUUCUUUGUAUGAGGAAAUAAAUAAGUAUAUAUUUUAC